GUUGCUAAUGCAAGGUGUGUAGCGCAUUUAACAAAAAGGGACUUUAAUUCAUCAGUGGUUUUGAUAGCCAUUGCACUCCAAAGACUGCAAAGUAGUACUAGAAUUUUUAUUAGGAAAUUCUGAGCUUUAUCUUUCCUAAACAGUGCCUCCCUACGAUUAAUUGAAACCGCAUUGUGUAAUGCGCAAUUUUUCAAAUGCGGAAAUUCAGAGUAUAGUCAAGUUACAAGCCUAUAUUCGUGGUAUUUUGGUUCGUAUAAGGUUCAAGAAAGCUCUACAACUUUUCCGAAAUAUUAUAUCAGAAUGUGGUGAAUGCGAAGAUAAUUUAAACCAAUUUCACUAUAUGUUUAAUAAUUUUGGAAAGAACAGAACGUGUUCAAUCAAUAAUAACCAAACUUGUGAGAAGUCAAAACUUCCUGAACUGUAUGCUCUCAGAAACAAUCUGUUCCUCGAAGCUGUAUGGUUGGAUCAAGCUAUCGCUAGUCGUCGUCAUUUUCUGAUGUACAAACAAGACUUUAAUCUACAUUUCGAUCAAUAAUCAUGUAUUGCAAUGUAAUAAAACCUCUUCGCUCAUUUAUUUCGUACUAAUAUAUGUAUUUAAUAUUUCGAAUAUCACGUAUCUUCUUCACAAUUUUUUUAAUCGAUUCCAUAUGCUGUUGCUCAAAAACUGUUAUGAUUUAUGGACACUCACUUAAAUCACAUAAUAAAG